AUGUCCGAAAACGUCGGUCUUUCCACUCCUCGUGGUAGUGGAACCUCUGGCUACGUUCAGAGGAACCUGGCGCACAUGCGCCCGCGCGACCGCGCUGCACCAUAUCCCAAAGACACAGAGUCCCUUCCUCACAAACAACGGCAGCCUGACAAAGGCAUUCUGGAACAUGACCGCAAGCGCGAGAUUGAGGUCAAGGUGUUUGAGCUUCGCGACAAUCUAGAAGACAACGAAGUGGACGAAGACGAGAUUGAGAAGCAGUGCGACGAGUUACGAAAAAAACUUCUUGACGAGAUGAAUUCUAGCAAGGGCUCGGGCGGUCCCCGGCGCCAUUUCAAAGAGCAUCAAGUUCACGCUAUGGCAGAUGCCAAGAUUCGGGAAGAUGAACGCUUAAGAAAGGCACUCAAGAUAAGCUCGAAUUACGAAGAAGGAAGUCACUGGAAAAGACAAGAACAAAGGCUAAGGGGGUCCUUACGACAGGAGGAAGACGCUCCGAAAUCGAAGAAUGAUGACUAA